UCAAUGUUGUGAUAACUUGUUGCUCUUGAUGUAGGUAUCGGGUUCAAGAGCGUUUUCCUAAUAUCGAGCCAGCCGCAUAUAUUCAGUAAUGGCUAUCAGAUAAAGUUCAAUGAGAAGCCUUGCGCGGAGUGUAACAUUGGAUACAUUGUCCCUGAGUGGGUUGACUCGAAACAGAUCCUUCCAGAAAUAAAAAAGAUAUAUGGGCGAUCGAAGGUUCUACCAACAACCACUAUCAUCUUGCCUUUGAAGGACGAGAAAGUUAGUGCAGUAAAGCAGCAACUGUCAAGCUUGCAUCCUGAGAUGCUACUGUUUCUAUCAAAGAUUAGGCGGCUCUCUGUACAGGAAGCUAAUUCCAAUCCUAAAGGCAGCACAGUUAGUGAAAUUGCAAUAUCUAGUGAAAAGAACUACCAAGAGAGGAAGAACAUGCACGCAGAGUCCUAUACAGUCCAUUUAUCGGCUCAAGAGAAUGGGAAAGAGGAAGAGUGUGGCUACUAUAUGUGGAGGCAAAAGUUCCCGGUAAAACCAGAGAACAGAGUGGACAAACGUGCCGAGAUCGAUGAGUGGGUCAUCACGCUGACCUUCCCACACGGCGAGCGUCUAUCCCGUGGGAAGCAGAUAUCACCUGGCGUCUAUGCUUUCCUUCCCACUGAGAUGGUAACGAAUUUCCCCUUCAUAAUCCAGGCUGACUUCCUCCUUGCAUCUUCAAGAGAGGCUAUUCUGUUCGACAGUCCGUGGAACAAGGGGAUUCUGGACUGUAUCCCAAGCGCUUUCCUGAAUGCUUUUGUUGCUCUUGUGAAAUCCAGCGCUGAUGCACCGGCAAUGUCCUUAGUGUCUAUGUUUAAUUUCCUGCCGGCCAAUCCUUCAAUCCCAGUACUUGAGCCGGUUAGGUCUGGCAUCAAAAACAAGAUUCUUGUCGAGGAUAUAGUGCCAUGUGAGUCUCAUAGUUCGCAGAAAAUAUUUUGCAAGCCAGGUGAGGUUGGACGACUGAAACCAGCCUUUUGGAGUAUUCUCAGCAAGGCAAGGGAAUCUGGAGUUGACCUAAAGAAUCUUUCAACCCAUGGAAGCUACAUUCUAAGCUCCCAUUUUGAUAAGUCGACGUAUAAUACCGUGCUAUCAUUUCUUGGUGUUAAAAGUGUGAGCACUGAAUGGUACGCCAAAUGCAUCGAGGGCUCUAAUCUUGUCAAGGGGGUAAAUGAACAGAUUUAUCUGGAAGUUUUAUCCUUUGUCGCCGACAAUUGGCAGAACUGUUUCUCCGGUACAAACAUGAUGUCUAUUCUCCUGCUAAAGUAUGUUGAUCGGAACAAUGCUCUCUCUUUCUGGAGCAUUUCUAGAGCUACUCAACGGAGUGACAGAUUGUGCAUUGCAUCUGAGAAGAAGUGCAUACCUUGGCUUAUCAGCUGGAACCGGGAGUUCCCUUCUUCUAACCGCGUUUUUGUACCUCCCAGCACACAGGAAGCUCUACAAAAUUUUGCACAGAGAACAGCAGUGACACAGUGGCUUCAGAGCUAUGCAAAGGUGGAGGCUUUGUCUGUCUACACUUAUGGACUAGCGGUUCUUAAUUCCUUGAAUUAUGAUAGCAGGCCUGUUAUUGCUUUUGCCCACUUUCUGUACCACUCAUCUCAGAAGGGUCACAUCGAGAGCUACCACUUGGCAGAACUGUGCCAUGCCAUGCCGGUAAUCGACAGCUAUGGCAGUGUGGUCAAGACAAGAAGCAGCCUUCUAGUUCCUGCGAAGGGCAGUAAAUGGGUAGGAUUGAUGGGCACGAACCCAUGGAGGAACCAGAACUACAUUGAACUAUCGGCAGACUACAAGUCGUCAGGCAGUUACGCUGGGAUAUAUGCACCUGAAGACCAGCUCUUGGCUUUCCUAAAGACACAACUGCAGGCUUCAGAUAUUCCGUUCAUACACCCUCCAGAUGCAAGCUUUCCCACAGUCUCAUCGCCUCUAACCAUUGACAAUGCAAUCUUGCUUUUGCAAUGGAUACAGAAUCUGAAGUCAAGAAGGGUACAUUUACCGGCUAGAUUUCUGGCUUGUGUAAAACAGGGAAGUUGGCUGAGGACAUCAGCUGGGUACAAGCCACCGAAUGAAUCAUUUCUGUCCAGUUCUGAGUGGGGAGUUCUUUUACAAAGUGGAUCUUCCUUUGUUGACAUACCAAUGAUUAACCAAAAGUUUUAUCAAAACAAGCUGCACUUGUACAAGGAGGAACUCAAGGCGAUUGGAGUUAGAUUUGAAUUUCAGGAGGCGUCAGCGUACAUCGGCAGCCGCCUCAUGUCCAUGGCCGCAAGCAAUACGCUGACCAGAGAGAAUGUGUACUCACUGCUUCGGCUGAUUCGGUUUCUUCGAGAGAAACUUCUGUCUCCAAGCGAACUCAUCAACAGUGUCAAGGAUGGACAGUGGAUGAAGAGUACUCUCGGCUACAGGUCUCCGGUUGGUUGUAUCAUCUAUGAUUCAGACUGGGCAGUUGCAUCCUGUAUCAGUAGCCAGCCAUUCCUUGAUGUCAAGUUCUAUGGCGAGGACAUCCUUACCUACAAACCAGAGCUCCAGUUGCUUGGUGUUCUUGUUGGAUUUGAAGGCAGCUACAAACUUGUGAUUGAGAAUUUCAAGUUCAGUUCGGCUGCUGUUACUCCUGAGGCUACUGUACUAAUCCUCAAAUGUAUUCGGCAUGUGAGCUCAUGCGACACCUUCAUAAGAAAGCUCAAAGAUUUGAAAUGGGUGAAGACCAAUGUGGGUUUCCGUGCUCCUAAUGAAUCUUUUCUUGUGGAUCCUCGAUGGGAGUGCCUUCUAAAUGUCUUUGAUGGGGUUCCUGUAGUUGAUUUCAGAUUUUAUGGGAGUAAGAUUAGUCCCUACAAAGAUGAGUUGGAGAAGACUGGGUUGAUAACAAAAUUGGAGGCGGCAUCGAAGGCUAUCUCUCACUUGUUCGAGCAGAUGGUUCUGAACUCAUCACUUCCAAAGGCGAGUGUCCUAGCUCUGCUAGCAUGUUAUCGGCAGCUGAAAACACAGGGCGCACUUCCCGUCGAGCUCUUGAGUUGCAUGCUGAAUGAGAAGUGGUUGUGCACAUCGUUGGGUUUCAGAUCCCCCAAAGAUGCAAUCUUGUUUAAUGCAGAAUGGAAGUCUCUAUCAUCAGUAGCAAACUUACCUUUCAUAGAUGAUGGUGACUCUAACCAUGGUUUAAGCAAGGAAAUACAUGGUUAUAAAGAUGAGCUCAAGUUGCUUGGUGUUACUACUGAAGUGAAAGCUGGUGCUAGGUUUGUUAUAAAUGGCAUCAACAUUCCCAAGGAUCCUUUACACAUGUCUGCAGCUACUGUCUUGUCAUUGCUUGGGUCCAUCCAGAGCUGGUUAGGUUCUUCAAGUAACUUCCCAAAGGGUUUUCUAGAGAAAAUCAAAGGCUGCAGUUGGUUGAGGACAAAAGUGGGGUUCCGAUGUCCCGAUGAGUCAAUCCUGUUUGAUCCAAAGAAUUCUUCCAUUCGCAUAGAAGAUGGCCCUUUAAUUGAUGAAGCAUUCUAUGGCUCGGAGAUAGCCUCAUUCAGAGACGCCCUUGCGGCAAUCGGAGUAUCUGUGGAUGUUAGACACGGACAUGAGCUUGUUGCUCGGCAUCUGAAAAGCCACAAAAACAGGGCUACUAUUUCUCGUAUUUACACGUACCUUAAGGAGUGCAAUUGGGAGCCUGCAAACAAGACGAGUAAUUGGAGCUGGAUACCAAAUAAAAAGAAAAGUGGAGAGUGGGUGAGCCCUCUGGGUUGUGUUCUUCAUGAUAAGGACAACCUUUUCAGCCUGCAGCUGCAUGUCUUGGACAAAUAUUAUGACAAGAAGUUGCUGGACUUCUUUUCACAUGUUUUUGGUGUGAGGAAUGGUCCUAGCGCUGAAGAUCAUUGCAAACUAUGGAGCACAUGGGAGAGCUCUGUCGAUGCGCUAUCUGCAGCUGACUGCUCUGCUUUCUGGCAGUUCAUUGCUAAGAACUGGAGCAAAAACACGGAGAAGCUUCUUUCUGCUUGUGUCAAGGUUCCAGUUUGUACCGACGGAACUAUCCUUCUGUCGAAGAAAGAGGAUGCGUUUAUUCCUGAUGAUCUACUCCCUCCGUUCUGAAUUACUUGUCUUAGAUUUGUCUAGAUACGGAGGUAUCUAGCACUAAAAUGAGUCUAGAUACAUCCGUAUCUAGACAAAUCCAAGACAACUAAUUCGGAACGGAGGGAGUACUUCUCAAGGAUUUGUUCGACAAGCUGCCUAACCGGUCAUUGUUCAUAUGGUAUUCAUCUUCAAGCCUGCCUUCCAUGUCUCGAGCAAAGCUGAACAACAUCUACGGUAGCAUUGGAGUCCAGGCAAUAUCCAAAGCUGUUGGGAAGAAUGAUUCACUCGCAUUGGAAAAUGUCAGCCCAACAAAAGCUGCUCGGGGUAAGGUGAUCAAUGUUGGUAUGAUCAAACUGGUCCUAGCUUUUCUUGCCGAUCCCGCUCUUGACAUUUCUGCUGAAGAGCGGCACAAGAUAGUUUCCUGCCUGCUCAAUGUGACGGUGCUAGAGACCAGUGAGCCAAUCACGGUGGGAUACAACGUGCAGCUGUCCUCUGGGGCCGUCUUGGAUGUGAAGGCGACACGGAAGCUCCGAUGGGAGAGGGAGAGCUCGAAACUGUACAUGCAGAAAAGCAAGCGUGCACCAGGCUACAAGGAGAAGUUGGAGUUUGCGACGAACUUUGCGGAUGAGAUAUCCCAGGGGCUUCUCUUCGAGAAGGCAGAUCUGAUCCCUUUGCUCGCGGAGCUCAUUAAAAUCGGCAGUUUGAUGGACUUCCACGCUGCCGCUGUCGAGUACCUUCUGAAAUCAAAGAAUCUGCAGCUGUUCCCUGAAGAUGAAGAAUUCCUUAGCACUGCAUCGCUAGGUCGUAGCAGGAACCGUUAGCGAUCUCUGGAGUUGCUCUUGCGCAUGCCGGCACACGGAGUGAAGUGGUUACUUGCUGAUGGCCAGGUCUGCAGGAGCUUAAUUGGUUCUUAAAUCUGGAGGGUCCAACAAUGCGCCUACUCGGUUAUCUUGUGCAUACGUUUUGUCGCGAUUACUAGCUGUGAACUUUUGUUUUGGUUUUCUCCCUUUAUGAACCGGAACCUGUCUGUUUUUUUUGAGUGUGAAAAAUGACACUCGUACGUACUGGUGUGUUAUCCUUUCAUGUCU